GACUCUCCCAUUUUUUUGUAUCCCCCAAAAAGGAAAAAAAUUGAAACAAUUUUCCAUGAAAUUGCCCCUGAACAACCCUAAAUACCCAUAAACUCCCUUUCACCUACCACAGGCUUGUGUUUUUUUUUUCUCAUAUAUAUUCAUCAAUCUGUGCACAUUUAUCUUCAGGACACCAUAGCUAAAAAUCCACUUUCUCUUUUAGCUUUUGAGUGUGCUCCAAAUUUUUCCUUUUGUUGCUCUCAAGAUGCCGAUGGAUACCGAAACAAAUCAAGCAGGAGAUUUCAUCUUUCGAUCUAAACUCCCUGAUAUUUACAUCCCUAAACAUUUGCCUUUACAUUCUUAUUGCUUUGAAAAUCUUUCGGAGUUCAGUUCUCGCCCCUGUUUGAUUGAUGGUUCAAAUGAUCGAAUCUACACUUAUGCUGAAGUUGAACUUACUUCGAGAAAAGUUGCUGUUGGGCUUAACAAAUUAGGGAUCCAACAGAAGGAUACAAUCAUGAUCCUCUUGCCUAAUUGCCCUGAAUUUGUGUUUGCGUUUAUUGGAGCAUCGUAUCUAGGAGCAAUUUCAACAAUGGCUAAUCCUCUGUUUACACCAGCUGAGGUAGUAAAGCAAGCCAAAGCCUCAAGCGCUAAGAUUGUUAUCACACAAGCUUGUUUUGCGGGGAAAGUGAAGGACUACGCCAUUGAAAACGAUUUGAAGGUAAUUUGCGUCGAUUCCGCACCGGAAGGUUGUUUUCAUUUCUCCGAAUUGAUUCAAUCCGAUGAACACGAAAUUCCUGAGGUGAAUAUCCAGCCGGACGAUGUCGUAGCUCUGCCGUAUUCCUCCGGUACUACCGGGCUGCCGAAAGGGGUGAUGUUGACACACAAAGGAUUAGUCACGAGCGUUGCGCAACAAGUUGAUGGAGAAAAUGCUAAUCUGUAUAUGCACAGUGAUGAUGUGUUGAUGUGUGUGUUGCCUCUGUUCCAUAUAUACUCACUCAAUUCUGUUUUGCUCUGUGCAUUGAGAGUUGGAGCAGCAAUUUUGAUUAUGCAGAAAUUCGACAUUGCUCAGUUUUUGGAGUUGAUACAGAAGCAUAAAGUGACAAUUGGGCCAUUUGUACCGCCUAUUGUUCUCGCCAUUGCUAAGAGUCCAUUAGUUGAUAACUACGAUCUUUCAUCAGUAAGAACAGUCAUGUCUGGUGCUGCACCAUUAGGCAAGGAACUUGAAGAUGCCGUCCGAGCCAAAUUCCCUAACGCUAAACUCGGUCAGGGUUAUGGAAUGACCGAAGCUGGUCCAGUGCUGGCGAUGUGUUUGGCAUUUGCGAAAGAACCGUUUGAUAUUAAAUCAGGGGCAUGUGGUACCGUUGUGAGGAACGCAGAGAUGAAAAUUGUAGAUCCGGAUACGGGUUGCUCUCUGCCCCGUAACCAACCCGGUGAAAUUUGCAUUAGAGGUGAUCAAAUCAUGAAAGGUUACUUGAAUGAUCCUGAAGCUACAGCUAGAACAAUAGAAAAAGAAGGAUGGUUACACACUGGCGAUAUUGGAUUCAUUGACGAUGAUGAUGAGCUUUUCAUCGUGGAUCGAUUGAAGGAAUUGAUCAAAUACAAAGGAUUUCAAGUGGCGCCUGCUGAACUCGAAGCACUUCUUGUCAACCACCCUAACAUUUCUGAUGCUGCUGUUGUCCCAAUGAAAGAUGAACAAGCAGGAGAAGUUCCAGUGGCUUUUGUUGUUAGAUCAAAUGGAUCUACCAUUACUGAGGAUGAAGUCAAGGAUUUCAUCUCCAAGCAGGUGAUAUUCUAUAAGAGAAUAAAGCGUGUAUUUUUCGUGGAGACGGUACCGAAAUCUCCAUCAGGAAAAAUUCUGAGAAAAGACUUAAGAGCUAGACUGGCUGCUGGUAUUUCAAAUUGAUGGAGAUAUUAUAUGUUGUUUGAUUUGUACCUUAUGUUCAAUCAACAUAAUUUCCAGUUUGGCAACGGACGAAAUAUGUCUGUAAAUUAAUUUAUGACUUCUUUUAUCAUCUUUUCAAAUUAUUAUGUGAUGAUAAGGUAUCAAAAGUAUUUUUUGUGGGAAAGAAAUAUAUAAAGAGUUUGUGUUUACAUU